AUUUCACGAAACCGAUGCGCUCGUUCGCUCCAAAGAGCUAAAGAGAGUACUGAGAGAGACCGAUGACAGUGGGAGUGGAAGGGUAAAGCUAGGGUUUUCAGAGGCGGGGGGUAAGGGUUCGGGGAGAAAGGGUUUUGGGUUUUAAUCUCACCUUUUUUUCUGGAUGAUUUGUGGUGGAGAUGUUCAUGGUUUACAUGCGGAAAUCGUUCAAGGACUCACUCAAAGUUCUCGAAGCUGACAUCCAGCACGCCAACACGCUGGCAUCAGAAUUUCGGAAAGAUGGUGCAUGCCUUCAAAUGCGUAUGUCUUAUAGUUCUGCAGCCCCUUUAUUUCUCUUUUUAGUGCAAUGGAUGGACUGCAGCCUUGCAGGUUCGCUGGGUCUUCUCAGGAUUUUGAUAUACAAGGUUUAUAUUGAUGGAACGACAACAAUGUUAACUCAUGAAAAGAAGGCAAGCAUUAAGGAGUUUUAUGCUGUUAUUUUCCCAUCUUUGAUGCAAUUACAUAUGGGGAUAACUGAUAUGGAGGAUAAAAAACAAAAAGCAAUAUGUCUGGAAAGGUACAAGAGAAGAGAUGAUGUUGACUUGAUGCAUAUCUCUGAAGUCGAUGCUGAGAGAGAGGAAGAAUGCGGGAUCUGCAUGGAAUUAAACAGCAAGAUUGUUUUGCCCAACUGCAACCAUUGCAUGUGCAUGAAGUGCUACCGCAAAUGGCAUUCAAGAUCGCAGUCCUGCCCUUUUUGCCGUGACAGCCUUAAGGGAGUUAGCUGUGGCGACCUAUGGAUCUUCACAGACAGCAGAGAUAUAGUAGACAUGGAAACUGUAUACAAAGAAAAUCUGCAGCGGCUCAUCAUGUAUAUAGAGAAGCUUCCUGUCAUCAUCCCAGAAUCUGUCUUCGAGUCAUAUGAUUCUCAUGUAAAAUAAAACAAUUUGCACUGUAUUUUAUCCCAUUCGAUUCCAUUGGCUCUUCUGCCGUUGAGUUCUUCCAGCUAGAGCCAGCUUUUGCUUGCCAGCUGAAUGAAUUAAUGGCGUUUCCUUGAUUUCUCUCUCUAAAUCUGAGAAGCUUUCCAAAUUUGAAAUCUGUCUCAGCUUUUUAUUCCUAAAAUUGUGGACUGGACUCCGUUUUUUGUAAAUUGACUGUACAGUUAUUUGAGUUUGUGUUUUUUUAAA